UGAAAUCUCAUAUUGCCCUCAGUGGCAAGAGUAGACUUUUAUUUCUCUGAGAAUUUAGAUCACAAGACCCAGUGGUCAGGCUGUAAGAGAAUGCACAGUUCAGUCUGAGAGGUGUUUUGUAAUUGAGAGUAGGGAGGGGUAAGAGCAUAGCAUCUCCAGUUAGACAGUUUUUCAAAACUUUGAGAUGGGAGGUAAGUCAGACUGCCUGUUUUUGUAGCCUCUGGACUCCAGCAUGUGUGAGAGGUGAGCUGCAUUAGACUUCUUCGAGCCUUGGGCCUGUUUCAUGCUUCUGAUUCCUAUUGUAUGCCUGUCUAACGCGGGUGCUGGGAACCAUACUCUUUUUUUUUUUUUUCUUAAUUUAUAGCUGUCUUCAGACACACCAGAAGAGGGUAUCAGAUCUUAUCACGGUUAACCAACUGUGAGCCACCACGUGGUUUCUGGGAUUUGAACUCAGGACCUCUGAAAAAGCAGUUAGUGCUUUCAAUGGCUGUGCCAUUUCUCCAGCCCCAACAGCAAACAUUCUUAAUCAUUGAGCUCUCUCUCCAUCCUGGGAUCUCUUAUUCAAACUUAUUCAAAUUUAGCAGCAUUCAGAGCAUUAACUUGAUGUGGGGAGGUGAGUUGCCAUUUGCUAUUUUGCAUAUUUAUGGUUUACAUAAUGUAAUUUCAUUUGGAGGCACACAAAAUAAAGUGAAAGAAAAAAGGAAAUACCCUUCUUGUGUGGCGGUUUGAAUAAGAAUGGCUCCAAUAGGAUCAGAGAUUUGAAUCCUGGGUCAUCAGGAAGGGGCACUGUUUGAAAGGAUUGGGAGGUUGGCCUUGCUGAGGAAGUGUGUCACUGGAGGUGGACUUUGAGGUUUCAAAAAGCCCAUUAGGAGCCCAGGGCUUCUCUCUUCCAGCUUUCUGAAGAUCUGGAUAUAAAUCUCACAGCUGCUUCUACAGUGCCAUAUUUGCCUGCAUGCCAUGGUGCUCCCCGCCACGAUGAUGCUGUACUUAAUCUCUGAAACUGUAGGCCAGCCCCAAUAAAAUGUUUCCUUUUAUGAGUUGCCUUGGUCAUGGCAUUUCCCUGCAGCAAUAGAACUUUGUGGAACUUGCUUGGUUUACUACCCUUUGUCCAGCAGACUACUACUCCCUCUCAAACAUGGCAUACUUCUGAAAUGCUAUAAUAUAUAUUCACACAUAUGCAGGGAAAAGUCUUCCACAGGUGACUUUGCAUUUGUUCGUUCGUUCAGUACUUACUACAGGAACCAGGCAUUUUUCAAACACAUUGGUGAAUCAAAAACAUCAGGUUGCUGAAACUUGGGAACUUUGUUUCCUGUAGGUUUCAGACACUGAUGACACUGGUAACUUUGUGUUGGUGGAAGGCAGUGGUUUGUUAAUACAUUCCAAAAAGGUUUUUACUUGAAUCACAAGGAUUGUGGCAUAAGAUCAGACACAAGAGAUAGGCAAUGAACGGAUACAUACGGAACAAAAUACAGUCCGGGAUAACUUGGCUCUGAAUCUGCGACAUUCCAGUCAUAGUUGUGGAAUUAUCCUCCUGGGAAUUUUUCUUAAAAAGUAUACCUAUGUGUGUCUGUGCACAUGUGUACAGGUGCUUGCAGAGGCCAGAGGUAUUAGAUCCCAUGGAGCUGAAGAUACAGGCGCUUGUGAACAGCCAAAUGUGGAUUCUGGGAAUCGACUCAGGUCUUGGGUUCUUACAGCUCCUCUCCAGCAAACUUUAAAGUAGAUGUCUUUUUUUUUUUCUUUCUUCCUUCCUUUCCUUCCCUUUCUUUCUUUCUUUCCUUCCUCCCUUUUUUUUUUUUUGUGUGUGCAAGCUUCACAUAUGUCCUCUAAAAGGAGUGGGUGGGUGGGGGUGGACCCUGGCUGCCUUUUUAAAACAAAACAAAACAAAAAACCCUUCAUGACAACUGUGCUUUCCUUUUUUUUUUUUUUUUCUUCUUUUUUCUUCGGAGCUGGGGACCGAACCCAGGGCCUUGUGCUCGCUAGGCAAGUGCUCUACCGCUGAGCUAAAUCCCCAACCCCACAACUGUGCUUUUCUAAGCUCACUGGGGCCAUUUUGUUUGGUAAAUCAGACCUGAAGGAGUACUAGACACAGAGGUGCCAGACACCACACAGUAAGGGUGCAAAUCGAAUUUUAUUGCAGCAGACACAAAGUUCUCAUUCCACUCGGGCAGGCCCAGGAGCCAUCCUCCUACCCUAGGCACCGGCAAGUUCAAGUUCUCAGUCAGGGAGCUAGGAGUGGCAAGAGGUUGGUUGGCCUAAGCCCCGAAUAGAAGCCGCUACACUUUAGAAAAGAACUCAUCUCGCUAGCCCUCCAACUCGUCUGGGCCAUUGCUCACUUCCAACACCGGCGAAAGCCACGCUUCCCUCUCCAGCCCUCCUACGGAGCAAAGUCCGGGUGUGUCCGUCUGGCGCGCUGCCCACCCUCUUAGAGCGCAGAGGGAACCGCCCCUACAGGUUAGGGGGUGGGGCCUGCCUGGCGUGAUGGCGUCGCCAGCUGCCCAUUCCUGGUGUAACGACCGGGGAAUAGCCGCGCAGGAACACUAGAGUCGGGGCGGGGCGGACCGCGCGAUGACACCCUGCACACAGUCCAUUCGCCGCCCCAGGUUCUUUUCCGAGGGCGCUGGAGAGUGGGCGGGAUCGGGUUAGCGAUUGACAUCUCGCCCCGCCCAGAUUCUUUUCAGCGUAGACUGUCUCUGAACAGUUGAUCCCCUUAAGGAAGAGCCGGGCGCACGGUGAUUGUGUCACCAAAACACGCUCUCAGCCCAUACUAGACACUCUCCCGGAGACGCCUCGGGUGGAGGAGGGCCUCGCGCACCGUGAUGACGUCGAGUCCCGCCCGUUUGAGGAGUGGAGCGGUGGCGCCCGCUGUCCCCCUCAGUGGGGCGCUGGCGCGCGGGGUAGAGCGACCUGCUGUCUGUGGGAGAGCCGCGCCCGCCUCAGCAGGGAGGAGUGCUCUGCGCGGCUGGCGAUGAGCAGCGCGGGGGGCGAGGGGCCUGAGGCCGGUACUGGCCGGGCCGGGGGCCGUUCUGAGCCCGAGGCCCCGGGCAGCGCGCUGAGUGUGGACUUGCCGGGGCUGCUGGGGCAGCUGGCGCGCAGUUUUGCGCUGCUGCUGCCGGUGUACGCCCUCGGCUACCUGGGAUUGAGCUUCAGUUGGGUGCUGCUGGCGCUCGGGCUGCUCGCCUGGUGCCGCCGGAGCCGCGGCCUCAAGGCCAGCCGCCUGUGUCGCGCACUGGCACUGUUGGAGGACGAGGAGCAAGCCGUGCGCCUGGGAGUGCGAGCCUGCGACCUGCCCGCCUGGGUUCAUUUUCCAGACACUGAAAGAGCAGAAUGGCUAAAUAAGACUGUAAAGCACAUGUGGCCUUUUAUUUGUCAGUUUAUUGAGAAGCUCUUUCGAGAAACCAUAGAGCCAGCUGUGCGCGGAGCAAAUGCCCACCUCAGCACCUUCAGCUUCACGAAAGUGGAUGUGGGUCAUCAGCCCCUUAGAGUCAAUGGUGUUAAGGUUUAUACUGAAAAUGUAGACAAAAGACAAAUUAUUCUGGACCUGCAGAUUAGUUUUGUAGGAAAUUGUGAGAUUGAUUUGGAGAUCAAAAGAUAUUUUUGUAGAGCUGGUGUGAAAAGUAUACAGAUCCAUGGGACAAUGCGGGUGAUCCUGGAGCCCCUGAUUGGGGACAUGCCUUUAGUUGGAGCUUUGUCCAUCUUCUUCCUUAGGAAGCCACUUUUAGAGAUUAACUGGACAGGACUGACUAAUCUUCUGGACAUCCCUGGACUAAACGGCUUAUCUGAUACUAUCAUUUUGGAUAUAAUAUCAAACUAUCUAGUACUUCCCAAUCGAAUCACCGUUCCUCUUGUCAGUGAAGUUCAGAUAGCGCAGUUGCGGUUUCCCAUACCAAAGGGUGUCCUAAGGAUUCAUUUUAUUGAAGCUCAAGAUCUUCAGGGAAAAGACACCUACCUUAAAGGCCUUGUCAAGGGAAAAUCAGACCCCUAUGGAAUCAUCCGGGUGGGCAACCAAAUCUUCCAGAGCAAGGUCGUCAAAGAGAACCUUAGUCCAAAAUGGAAUGAAGUAUAUGAGGCUUUAGUCUAUGAACACCCUGGACAAGAAUUGGAGAUUGAGCUCUUUGAUGAAGAUCCAGACAAGGAUGACUUCUUAGGAAGUCUUAUGAUUGAUCUUAUUGAAGUUGAGAAGGAGCGCCUUUUAGAUGAAUGGUUCACUCUGGACGAGGUCCCCAAAGGAAAGCUACAUUUGAAGUUGGAGUGGCUUACACUGAUGCCUGAUGCCGCAAACCUUGACAAGGUGCUGGCAGACAUCAGAGCUGACAAGGAUCAAGCCAAUGAUGGCCUUUCAUCUGCACUGCUGAUCUUGUAUUUGGAUUCUGCACGGAACCUUCCGAGUAUCUACGAGGGAAACUUUGGGUGUGGCUACUUAAAAGAGAGGCGAGCGUCGGGACUAGUGUUUUGUGAGAAUACUACCUCAGUCUAUAGAGCACUAUUUAGUAACCCAUUAGACUUUAACCCUGGUGUCUUGAAGAAGUCUGCAGUUCAGAGAGCUUUAAAGUCAGGGAAGAAAAUAAACAGCAACCCAAAUCCUCUUGUCCAGAUGUCAGUCGGUCACAAGGCUCAAGAGAGUAAGAUUCGAUACAAAACUAGUGAACCCGUAUGGGAGGAAAACUUCACUUUCUUCAUUCAUAACCCCAAGCGCCAGGACCUUGAAGUUGAGGUCAAAGAUGAGCAGCAUCAGUGUUCUCUGGGGAGCUUGAGGAUCCCACUCAGUCAACUGCUUGCAAGUGACAACAUGACCAUAAACCAACGAUUCCAGCUUAGCAACUCGGGUCCAAACAGCACCUUAAAAAUGAAGAUUGCCCUACGGGUCCUCCAUCUUGAAAAGCAAGAACGGCCUCCAGACUACCAGCAUUCAGCUCAAGUGAAACGGCCCUCUGUCUCCAAAGAAGGGAGGAAAAUGCCUAUCAAAUCUCAGAUGUCUGCCUCACCAGGCACUGGUGGUACCAACACUGCUCCAUCAACACCAGUCAUGGGAGUCGAUGAUAAGCCUGCCAUGGAGGAGAAGCCCCAGCCCCCUGAGGCCAGCCCUCUUGGGCAGCGUGACCUAGGCAGGAGCUCUUCUAGCCUCCUGGCCUCUCCAAGCCACAUUGCAGCCAAGGAACCCACCCCAAGCAUUGCCUCAGACAUAUCACUGCCCAUCGCCACUCAGGAGCUGAGACAAAGGCUACGUCAGCUUGAAAAUGGGACAACGCUGGGGCAGUCUCCUCUGGGGCAGAUCCAGCUGACUAUCCGGCACAGCUCCCAAAGGAAUAAGCUCAUCGUGGUUGUGCACUCCUGCAGAAACCUCAUUGCCUUCUCAGAAGAUGGCUCUGAUCCAUAUGUCCGCAUGUAUUUAUUACCAGACAAGAGACGCUCAGGAAGAAGGAAAACACAUGUAUCAAAGAAGACACUGAACCCUGUGUUUGAUCAGAGCUUCGACUUCAGUGUUUCGCUGCCCGAGGUGCAGAGGAGAACACUGGAUGUGGCGGUGAAGAACAGUGGCGGCUUCUUGUCCAAAGACAAAGGGCUUCUUGGCAAAGUGAUUCUUUUUAAGUCCUUGUAUCCUACACCUUGUAGAAUUAAAUGCAGUUUAGAUCAUAGCUUACACAGUGGGAAGGGAGGCUCACUUGGGUUAGUGCAUGUUUAUCACAUUGUGGUAAGACAUCAGUAUGUAGCUGUUUCCUGUAUCCUUACUAUUGACUUAUUACUCAUCGUAAACAAGCAACUUAAAGGUGAAGAAACAUUGAUUCCUUUUUUUUUUUUUUGAAAUUUUAGAAACUAUUCAAUAUUACAUUGGAAGAAAACAUGAAGGAAAAUACCCUCAAAUAGCCUGCUGCCCCCCCCCCCCAUUCAGCUAACCAUGUACUUCCUUCAGCAUGCCAUUGACUUUCUUUCUCCUAAUUUUCUUUUGUUUUUUCCAUCUCACAUUUAAUUUUGGUGUAGGUUUAUUUAUUAUUUUACAGUGUAAAGAGGUUUAGAUAGGGAAAGGAAUUGUAGAUGUCUCUUUGUCAACAGCAAAGUGAAAAACCUGCUAUCAGCCAGGCCAUGGCAAAUACUUAAGAGAGGCACUGUAAAGCAGGGAAGGUUUUUUUUUUUUUGCCUCCUGUCAGAAGUUUCGAUGAAUGGGCUCUGGUUUUCUGGGCCAGUUGUAAGGCAGAAGGUCAUGGUGGGGGCCGUGAGACAGAAUAGAGCUGUCCACCACACAAUAGACAGAAGCACAAAGAUGUGCAAGGAGACCAAAGAGAAAGCACAGCUUCCAGAGUGCAUUGCUAGUGACCCUAUCCACCCCAGUUUCCCACUGCCAUCAUAGUAUGUAUGAGUCUGCCAGAGGACUAACCCAUUGGUUAGCUCAGAGCCUUUGGGUUUAGUCACCUUGAGAAGCCCAUCAGUUGGUUGGCAACCAAGCUUUAAAACACGAGCCUUUUAUAGUCACUUCAUGUCCAAACCACACUCUGCCAUUAAUGCCAUGUUUGCUAGUAUCUCCAUAGCUGCCUCUGGAUGUGUUUCACGGUCAUUGUAGGACUAUUAGAUACGAGAAGAAUCUCUUGGAUAGACUCAGCCAUGGAAAGGUUAAAAGGAUUUUUAAAAAUGAGAACCUCAAAACAUGAGAUUUCCAUAUUGUUCAGAAAUUAGAACGGGUAGGAAGGAGUGGUGAGUGAUGUAAAGGAGUUACUCAGUAGUCCCACAGUGCCUUCUUCUACCCACAGGUGCUGGUUGCUCUGGCAUCUGAAGAACUCGCCAAGGGCUGGACCCAGUGGUGAGUGCCCCUGUCCCACGUUGCAGACAGUUCCCAGAGAAACCUAGCUGUGUCCACCAUCCCAAAGCCUGACCCGAGUCUGUUGUACUUUUCUGUGCCUUCUCAGGUAUGACCUCACAGAAGAUGGGACAAGGCCACAGGUGAUAACGUAGCUACGCUGGACGGAGGCCUAUUUCUCAGUGUAUCGUGUGCCACCUAAACAUGGAGCAGGCCUUCUCACAGAUGUACCAAUGCUAUUUUAUAAUUUUAAGUAUUGAGUUAUGCAUACCUUAAUAAUUUUAUAAAACUUGGCAUUGUAGGAAAAUUUGGCCAAUAUCAUUGUUUAGUCUCCCUGUUGAGUUUCCUCCAGUGCCUCACCAGGCACUGCGAUGUGCAGUGGUGGAGUGAUGGUUCCUGUGUGGAGCUCUGUCAGCCGCACCUCACCCGCCGGGAAGCAGGCACCUGCACUUGUUUCUGCCUUGUCCUGCGUCCUGGAGGUGCACUACACCAUGUAAAUAGAUUCUUUUUUAUAAUAUCUACAUGCUGGUUUGGAUAAAGAAGAAAAUGUAUUAAGAAAAUACAUAUUUUCUUCCAAGAUUUAUUAAAUUCUGUGACAAAUAAUCAUUUUCAUCUUUUCAGCAAAAAGUUCUUAUAGAUCUGCUGUGUGGUAUGGCUUUUUUAAGGGAAAAAUGGAAAGAUUAUUAAAUAUAGAAUUUUUAUGUCAAUGAUAAAACAAACUUCAAAUUAUUAACAUUAUUAUAAAUAGGAAAAUACAGUGAGAAGUCAGGGAAUGGCUUAUUUAAAAAGUCGUAUAACUGAGUAAUGGACAAUACCAAGAGCAUUGCCAAGGCUCUUGAGAAUCACAGUAUACUCAUCUGAAAUUUAUUACAUAAGAAAGAAAUGUGCUGUUUAUUUGUGUAAUUGUUUGUUGUAACUGAUUCAUAGUACAUUGAAUAGUACAGAGAGAUACAUACAUGCUAGGUGUUGUACCUCACAUCUGUAAUCCCAGGGUAUGGGAGGCCAUGCCAGGAAGAUCCAAGUGUUAAAGGUCAGCUUGGGCUAUAUAGCAACAGAAAAAGAAACAUACUUUAUACUUUGCCCAAAGCAUAGGAUCUAAUCUCCAAUAUUAGGGUAUAAGAUGUUAUCAAGAUUGAUGCAAGCCCAAGUUGUUUGUCCAUGUUUCUAACCGUGUGAAGACAGGUCUGCUACUGUAAAGUGGUGAAAUGGGAUGGAUGUGCAACAAAGGUGCUGUGCUUAAGAUUAGCACUGCACUUGCUCUUGAUGGGAGAACCUGGCCCUAAACUCACACACAGGAUACACCUCUGGUGGAGCUUCCUGUGCGUCCCCGAUACAUGACAAAGUUCCUGAGCAAUGUCCGCCAGCAGCCGUCAGGCUUGCGGUUUUCUGGAUAUCCUCUUUUUGUGCCAUGCCAGAUGUUAAUACAACUUUUAUUUUGUAAUCCUUUUCUUUUUAGAUUGGGAAAAGCAUGUUUUACAUAUGUAAGAGUCCCCAAACCUCUUCUGGGGUGAGGUUAUGUCACAGUAUUAUAAGCUAUGCGUGUCUGUAAACAAAAGAUGCACAAGGAAGGCUUUUUUCAGUAUACAUUUUUAACCUCCAGGAUGAAAAGGGCUUCUCAGCUGUAAGAGCAUUUAAAACUAUGUACACUUAUAGCAGGAAAAUACAGCUUUGUAAUCAAAAUUGGAGUAGUUCCAUUCACAUGCUUCCUGGAACUAAACAACCUACGGGAAGCUUAUGUGACCAAGCAUACCAAAGUGCCUGUGCUGAAUAUAGAGUGUCCUUUUACACUCUCCUCGUGUCUAGAAGAUGAAGGUGCCUCAGUUUAUAAUGUACCACGUGCAGUUGUAAUGGAAUCUGGCUCUUCUCAGCACAUCCCGGGUAGUUAUAAGGCCAGAGUAAUCCCUCUCCUGCCAUUUGACAUCUCCUCUGUAUCCAGUUUAUAAAUCUUUUUUCAUUGGUGAGCAGAAUUGUGAGAAAGUUUAUGUGUAUGUACUCACAAGAACAUAUAUCACAUAAAAUAUUCAAGGGUGGCAUUUUUAAUUUCAGGACAAAGGCAGGUAAUAUCCUAUUAAAAAGAGUUGCUUGACCAUGGUAUUAGAUGUUUUUCUUAAGGUCUUUUUAAUUAGGUGUAUUGAAGGGCUUCUGUCUACAAAGGAGAUUUCUUUUUUUUGCUGAAAUUUUAUCAUGUCAGUGUUUUUUCACCAACAACCUAUCUAUCUUAGUUUUGUACCCAUAUACUUAAUCUAUUCGUGUGUAUUGUUUAAUGAAAUGCUUUUCAUAACUAAUUAGGCAAAUUGACUAUAGUUAAGGGUACAGUACCCUAAUAAGUCAGUGUGAUGCCCCCUGUACAUCAUCUGAGUCUUCAAGUAGCAUCUCCAGUCCAUGUGGAAAGGAGAGAGAAGGUCCAGUAAUGCUAGCCCACCUGGUUGUAGUUCUGCGUGCUGCAUGAGGAGGGCUGACUUGCCAUCAAGGCACACUCCAGUGUCCUGAAGAUAUAAAAUAUUUUUAGUUCUCAAAAUGUUAACUUUUAGUUUUUAAUGACUUAUCUAAGAAAAAAGAAUGUUAAGUUUUCUACUUUGAGCCAAACCAAUGAGGGAAAUUAGUGGUUUGAAGUACAGCUCUGGUAACUUAUUCAUGUGGUGGCUCGUCCUGUGCCUUAAAGUACAAAGGUGUUUUCAAGUUUCAGAUGAAAACAGAAGCAGCCUUGCAACCAUAUUUCCCCCAUUUGUAUUUUGCACUCUGUAUGUCUUGUGCAGGCCGUCCCUAUGCAGAGGUGUUUAGGAUUAGUUAAAAACCUCAGGCAGCUGCGGAGAGUACCAACUGCUGCAGCGACCGGUUCCAUCUGGAUUGCCCAUGGUAGAGGUGGACCACAGAGGGUGGUAUUUGUUUUUUGUUUGUUUUAGUCAUAGAAUGUCCUUUUUGCUUAAUUUUACAUAACAGCACAUGUAUUUAUUCAAUAAAACUUUUAUGUUAGUGUA